AUGGGGCACGAGGACGGAAUCAAGUUGAAUGUCCUAGAGUCCACGCCAGGGGAAGUCCACUCCCGGAAGGCGGGAACUGCGCGGGACAGACAAGAUAUGGAGCGAGUUGGGCGAACUCAGGAACUCAAUGUACGCGGUUACGAGGCGUUAUUAGACCCAGCCGACCCCUCCCGUCCAAAGUAUACAAAUGAAAAGCAAAAGCUGACGUGCCAGCAGAGAAAUUUUCGGUUUCUUUCAAUUCUUGGAUUUACAGCGGUGUUGAUGGGCACCUGGGAAGCUGUUCUUUUCGGUUCAUCCUUCGGCUUGACAAACGGCGGCAAAGGAGGAAUGAUCUAUACCUAUAUAGGCGGCCUGGCAGGGUUCAGCUUUGUGAUCCUCUCCAUGGCCGAAAUGGCUUCAAUGGCGCCUACGUCUGGUGGUCAGUAUCAUUGGGUGUCCGAGUUUGCACCUCCUAGGUCACAGGCCCUGUUGAGUUAUAUCACUGGCUGGGUUUGCGUGUUGGGCUGGCAUACCGGUAUAGCAUCAGCUUGUUAUACGGUCGCUAACACGCUGGUUGGUGUGGUUGCCAUCAACUACCCUCAUACAUAUACCUAUGAGCCGUGGCAUGUUACGCUGCUCGUCAUUGCCAUGGCCAUAGCAGCCUUGAUUUUUAAUACCUUCUUCGCGCAAAAGCUUCCCUUGAUCGAAGGAAUUAUCCUUAUUGUGCACUGCUUUGGUUUCUUCGGCAUCCUGAUCCCUCUAUGGGUACUGUCUCCCACUGUACCCGCCUCCGAAGUUUUCGGCUCUAUCGAGGAUCGGGGUGGAUGGGGAAACAAUGGGCUCUCAUGUCUGGUCGGAAUAAGUGGCCCUAUAUUUGCAUUGAUGGGCCCUGACUCAGCAGUUCAUAUGGCUGAAGAAAUCCAGGACGCGUCUCGAGUCCUCCCCCUGGGCAUGGUUUGGACGCUGAUUCUUAACGGGUCCACGGGAUUGGUCAUGGUCAUCACAUACGCAUUCUGCGUGGGCAAUAUUGACGAAGUCCUUCAGUCUAAGACAGGUCUCCCAUUCGUUCAGGUCUUUCUUAAUGCCACAGGAUCAGUCGGUGCUACAACCGGUAUGACGGUUUUGCUUAUGAUUUUGCAAUUCUGCGGGGCAAUCAGUAAUGUUGCCACGACCUCUCGUCAGCUCUACUCCUUCGCCCGCGAUAGGGGUCUUCCUUUUUCCAACUUCUUUGCGCAGGUUCACCCAACCUUUGCCGUACCAAUAAACGCCCUUUGUGCGAGUCUCGUUAUCGUCUCCCUCCUUUCUUUGAUCAAUAUCGGAUCCUCUGUGGCUUUCAACGCCAUUAUGUCCCUCGGCCUUGCCGCCCUUCUCUCCUCCUACAUUAUUUCCAUCACGUGUGUUCGCAUUCGGCGGUGGCGUAAUCAGCCACUGCCGCCGGCGCGUUGGAGUAUGGGCAAGUUUGCUCCCAUUUGUGACACCAUUUCUAUCCUGGUCUUGCUGGUGAUAUUUGUAUUCACCUUCUUCCCCCUGACCAGUACUGUGGACCUGACUACCAUGAACUGGAGUAUAGCUAUCUUCGGGGGAGUUGUUACAGUUUGCGUGAGUUACUAUGUGACUACCGGUCGGAAGGUCUACAAGGGUCCUGUAACGCGGGUGAAAAUGAUGCAGCAGUGA